GAAGUGACAGUUGUUUGACAGCGCCUGACAUUUUGAGGUUAUAAUAAAUUUAAAAAUUAUAAGCUGAAAGCAUGUAAUUCCAUAGAAUGUAAUAGUUGAUACGUAAACCUAAUUACCCACCCAAAAACAAUAAUCAAGAUUAAUCAUGGACGACCACAUUUUAACCGAAUCGGAGAUAAAGAUUGAAGAGGAGGAAAUUAACGAAAUCGAAGAGGAUGAGAGUAUUGAUCAUAAACCCGCUGACGUGCCUAGAAUAAAACACAGGAAAAGAAAAAGGGUCAAACCUGCACUGACCACAAAAAGUGAUAAAACUUCAGGCCCUCCAUCAAAUCCUGUUGAUAAAACUUGGAACGAGUAUUUAAAACUCGAAAAUAGUCUCCAAACCUACUACUGUGAGCAGUGUUCAUUUGAAACAAAAUGGAAAUGUUACCUUAAGAAUCAUGUAAAAAAAAUUCAUGCUGCAGAUGAGGCUCGAAUUUAUCAUUGUUUGCAAUGUAAAUUUAAGACUAAGUGGAAAUUUAGUCUAAAGAAUCAUAUGAAGGUUCAUAGUGCACCUGGUGCUUUGAAAAUGUAUAAGUGCCCUAGGUGUAAUUAUCAGACAAAAUGGAACAAUGGUUUGAGUAGCCAUAUGAAGGUACACAUGUUGCCAAAAGUAAUGAAAGUGACGGUGUACAAAUGUACUGAGUGUAGCUUUGAAUGCAAGAAUAAACUUGAUUUGGCCCAGCAUUCAAAAAUGGAACAUAAUCCAUUACAGACAGUAUACAAAUGUCCUUUAUGUCCAUUUCAAACUAAGUUUAGACAUGGAGUGAAUAAACAUGUGAAAGUCCACAACACAGCUAAGCAGAAUGUGAUAAAGUAAAGAUAUGUGAAUCAGCAAACUUAUCUAGUCUAGUAGCAACGCUUUUUGUUCUUUCCUAAUUAGAUAUAUUGAGUUUAAUAUUUUUUAAAAAUAUUUUGUUUUGUGAAUAGUUGUUAUUUUUAUUAUCACGAGUUUCAGUACAAAUUGUAAUAAAUAUUACAUAACAUUAGUA